CCAGUGUCAAGGCGCCCCUUCGGGCAAUGCUGUGAUUUGCAAUUUCAAUCUGCAACCUACUAGAUAGCUGAGUGAAAAUGCAGACCUUCGUCUCUCUUCAGCAGCUGUAAUUUGAGUCCUGGCUCCCGAGUACCCACAGCGCAUCGUGCUCUGGCCGCACACAAAUCGAGGGAAGGAGGAGGUAUUUGAGAACAAGAUUAUGAGAAGGAACGCCAUUCUUUGAAGCUGUCAUGGGGAGCAACUGAUGUGUCCUGUCUCCUUUGCCAUCCUGCAAUGACGGCGCUGCAGCGGGAUACUUUGGCUGGCCAGCUCGUCUCGUGCGGUGAGGUGCGGCGGUGAACUGCUGGAAUGCCGCGCAAGCAAGUGAGAUUAGUUUCGAGCAGAGCUAAAUAGGUCGUAUAUCUGAUAUAAUAUAGAGUUUGCGUGGCGAUCGGCUUAAAAGAAGCGGCUGGAAUGUAACUUGUUGGCGCGCAGCACGCUCCUUUCAAAGACUUCGUUCAGCCCUCCUUUGCAUGAGUCCUGUAAACCUGCAGACUCCGCCACCUCAGAUAGCUUGCAAAAUCCUCCGCUUCUACGAGUAACAGACCUCAAGAUUGAAGUUUGGGUCUGUGAGCUAGAGUGGGGGGGCGGGGAGGGAACGAGAUACGAGAGGGGAACGAUGGGGAAGGGCUCGGACGCGGGCUUCGACCCCACACCGCUCAAACUGGCCAACCGCUUGAAGCUCUCUGGGGAAGAAAGCGGGUUCCUAGAACACAUCGGCAAUGUGCGCUCCUUUCUCAGCGCACAGCCCCCUGUGGUGGACAUUCCCAUUCCGGAGCCUGAGCUCCGGGCAGCAGAAGGAGAAUGUGCCCCAGAGGACGGUGUGAAUAUCUUCUGCCAGGUGCCCUGCCUGCAGAGCUCGUGCCUGACGGCCGACAUGAUCGUCUCCCCCAUGCUCGUUUUCCCCGGGCAGUACGUGGGGGUUAUUCACACCAGCCCCGCGCGCCGGCGCGCCCCAAAGGUGCCCUGCGUGCAGAGACUUCUCCCAGUGGAGGUGCUGGAGUGUUUGGUGAAGGUGGCGGAUAAUAGCUUUCACUUUCUGGGGCGGGUGUUUGAGACUGCCGCCACGCUCACGGCGGGGGGGACCAAGCUGGAAGACCAUGUGGCUUUGGUCCGGCGGGAGGUGCUUUACACCACUGCGACGAAGGUGUUCCCAGCCUCAGCAAUUGUUGGUCCAUGCGAGGUCUUCUACCAGCGAGAUCCUUUCAUCCAGUGGGAAAAGCGGAUGCCGUCCGAUCGACGCUUUCUGUGCCGCUACAUUGUUCAGGACAAAACCUCUCUGACCUCUGGAACCCGGGUCGCUAACCUUACCCCCCUCUCCCUAACCAAAAAGCGCCACCUGGACUCCCGCGUGUUUGGGCCCCAGGCGCAGGUGCUACCAAGUGACGCGGCUGCGCCGCUUACUGCCUCUAUUAGGGAACACUACUGGCUGGUAAUCGCCGAGCUGGUCGAAAAGCGGAUGGGCGUGCGCAAGAGCUGCGAGCGCGCAGAGAUCGAGCUGCACAUGCCGCUGGAGGCGUUUGCUGCUUGCGUGGAAGUGCUGGGGACGCCAGAGGCCAAGGAGGGCGUGGUUUCAGUGGAGGUUGACGACUUUGACCGGUUGCAGCGAUCCGUGUUCCGGUCGUUCCGCACCUUUCCGCUGCGGGUGCUGGACCCUCCCACCGCCAAGAAAAAGCGCUACCAAAUGCCCCAAGAGUUCACCCGCAACGACAGGUCCGAAGCACGUGGCCCCUUCCGCUUCGAGCUGCACACGGACCAGUACCCCCUCCGGCUUACGGUCUCCUUCACGUACGUCAUCCGAGCCUCCGGUUUCGGAGUCGCCCCCACCCUUCCAGUGCUCCCUGCCCCCCCCCCGCAACUCCUGCUAACCGCACCCCCCCAGAAAAAGAAAUCGUCCAGUUCGUCGAAAAAGAAGCCGGGGAUGCCGCCCAUGGCAAAGCUGCUGGGGGAGUUGUCGUGCAGUUUGAUUGAGGUUUAGCGUGGUUAAGUCUUGAUUGAGUGCCGGUUAGCAACCGGUCAAGUGUUGGUGUACCGCGGGUCACAUCAUUCUAGACGUUUUGCUGCGCUUAAAUUUGUCAAGAAGGGGGGAAAUGUGGUGCUCAUGAGAGCACUUUGCAUGUCAAAGUUUCAGAAUCUGGUCUGCCCCGACGAAGAGUGAAUAGGGCCGUUGGAAGAGUCUAGCUCGUCGAUUUGACACUAGUAGCAUGCUAUUUUCAUUUGGAAUUUGAGAUUUGGGAUCUGACGUCCAACCAACGAUAAGGUAAAGUCAUGGUACAUGGAGGUUAAGAUGGGAUGAGGACUCUUUUGCUUCUGUGGAGCUGUACAAGUUACCGAAAAACCAGAUGUAGAGUCUCGUGUCAAGUCCGACCAAUCUGUAAACUAGGUAUCCUUGUAUUGGAUCUGCGGUGAAAGCCGCUAGUUUCGUU